AAGUGACGUGUUGCGGCGGUUCGGGGUUAGGAAAGCAGCUCUUUCAUUGGCUCCUCAUGUUUAGUUCGCCGUGAUUUUGACCACGUGAUUUCUAACCGCGCGUGUGUUGUGUUGUUGCUUUGUGUACGCGUUGUGUUUGUGUGUUUUCCUGUGUUUGUUUUUGCUGUGUUGUGUGUGUGAUGAUGGAUCAGUGUGCAGUAGAUGAACUGUAUGAAGCGUUCGCUGUUCUGGCCGGAAGUGACCCUGAUCAUUGCUCUUAUCCAAAGGGCUACAUGAAGAGGCAGGCAGUGUUUGCGUGUAACACGUGUGUUCAGGCUGGCAUGGAGCCGGCCGGUGUGUGUCUGGCCUGUGCAAACGCGUGUCAUGAUGGGCAUGACAUCUGUGAACUUUACACCAAAAGGAAUUUUCGUUGUGAUUGUGGCAAUGAGAAAUUCAAUGGCUUCAAAUGCAAACUUCAUAUGGGAAAAGAAGCACGAAAUGCGAAGAACUCGUACAAUCACAACUACUUUGGCCGAUACUGCUCAUGUGACCGGCCGUAUCCUGAUGAAGACGAUCAGGUUAAUGAAGAAAUGAUCCAGUGUAUCGUGUGUGAAGACUGGUUUCAUGAGAAGCAUCUGGAUUCUCCAGCGGUGGACGGUGACGAGCUGACGGAGAUGAUCUGCGUUCACUGCAUGAAUCGAGCGCCGUUCCUCUGGAUGUAUGCAGCGCAUUUAGCAGGUUCUCCUUUGAAUAAAGAAAGCCUUUGUACAGUGCAUGUGAAUGCUGAAAAUACGUCAGAUGAAAAGGGAAAAUGUUCAAGUGUCCAUGAUACGCCCUCAUCGGGUCAGGAAGAAGCGACUGAUGCAGCCGGAGCCGCGGGCCGUGAUUCAGAUCAACAGCACUCAGAAGCUGGCAAAUGCAUUUUAAAAGAGCUUAAAGCUGAAGAUGCGGCGAGUGUGAGGAAAGCCGCUGUGUUCUGGCCUUAUUACUGGAGAGCGAAACUCUGCCGAUGCACCGACUGCAAGAGAAUGUAUGUAGAGUCAGGUGUUCCUUUCUUGCUGGAUGAGUCGGACACGCUGCUCGCGUAUGAGGAGAAAGCCAAAACUGAAGCGCUGACGAGUGACGACCUGCUGCUGUCCUGCCUGACCUCUCUGACCUCACUGACCUCUCUGACCCACGUGCAGCAGCUCGAGGUCAUUUACCAGUACAAUGACUUGAAAGACGAGCUGCGUGAGUUUGUUCAACAGUCGUCAAACCAGAGUAAGGAGGUGACACCUGAGCGUUUCCAGGACUUUUUGGAGGAACUGCAGGCAAGAAAGAGGAGACGGUUAAACUGAACCAAUCAGCAGUUGUUCUCACAAUCAUGAGCCUUAACAUUACUUCAAUAAAGUUCCAGAGCAAAUCCUUCUUAA